GCUCAGCUGCUGUUCACCCGUGGUGUCUGAUUCAGAGCAGAGUUAGACCCUACCUUGAUGUCUGGAAGAUGAGUGGUGUUUAGGAGUAACGGAGAUGGGCUGCACGCCUUCUAAAGCCAACAUCACAUACACUCAUGAGCGUGUGUGUGGGGAUCUGGAUACCUGCUCCACUUUCUUACCGAGUGUCAAAAGCUCCGUGUCCACGCCUGAGAGACCCUCCACCAGACCGCACGGGCACACCGGCGCAAACUGCAGAGAAACUUUCCUCACUGUGCCGAGUCGGGACUGUUAUGGCCGCUUGGCGAGUCAGCAGCCUGAGAGCCCGGACGCGUGGAGCACGAUGAGUCCGACCAGUCCCUUCGCACCGAGGCCCAGUGACUCCAGCGACUCCGAGGGAAACGAGACACCUGCCGGAAAGCGGUAACAACUGUCGCGCUUCAGUGAACCAAAUUAACGACACUUUCAUAGUGUCUGGGAGACGCUUUCAGCCACAGCACCUAGUUAUCACAUGAGUUUUCCACUUGGAUUGAACUUUAACCUGUAUUUGGACAUUAUGCCGUAUGCAUUAUGAGGAGGAAGUCGAAUUUAGGAGUCGAAAACAAAAACGAGCCCAGAAACAUGAUAGCGCUACAAUUUGUCUCUUCAAUUCUCGCGGUGUUUAGACACUGAGUUCUCGCGAGUGGCUGCGGAUUCCGAAAAAAAGCGAAGAGGAGAAAAUGGAGAGAUGAGGGCUGAAAAGGAGCCGACAACGGGAAGCAGAGAGAGAGGCGUCGUCGAGAUACAGCUGAGGGACACUCCGAGAGAGCAGGACAGCGCCACGGCCAAUUCGAAGCACAAAGAGGAGAAAAAGGAAAUCUUCACCAAGGUUGUGAUUCGACGUCUUCCACCCAGCCUGUCCAAAGACCAGCUUGAGGAGCAUCUCAGUCCACUGCCUUCUUAUGACUAUUUUGAGUUCUUUCCUGCUGAUCAAAGCCUGUAUCCACAUCUUUUCUCCAGAGCAUACAUCAAUUUUAAAAACCCAGAAGACAUCAUUCUCUUCAGAGAUCGUUUUGAUGGUUAUGUUUUUAUUGAUAAUAAAGGUCAAGAAUAUCCAGCUAUUGUAGAAUUUGCACCGUUUCAAAAGGUUUCUAAGAAGAAGCUGAAGAAGAAAGAUGCCAAAGCGGGAAGCAUUGAAGAAGAUCCAGAAUACAAACGAUUUCUGGAGAACUACUCUUGUGAUGAGGAGAAGUCAAUAGCCAAUCCAGAAACACUGUUGGGAGAAAUUGAAGCUAAAACAAGAGAGCUCAUAGCUAAAAGGACAACACCACUUCUGGAAUACAUUAAAAACAAGAAGUUGGAGAAGCAGAGAAUUCGGGAGGAAAAAAGGGAGGAGAGGCGACGUCGAGAACUAGAGAAGAAACGGCAAAGGGAGGAGGAGAAAAGGAAACGGCGAGAAGAGGAGAGGCGAAAACGCAAAGAGGCAGAGAAGCAGAAGAAACUCACGGAAAAGGAUAUCAAAAUCAAGCUUUUAAAGAAAUGUGACAGGGAUGAUGAAAUGGAAUCAGACAGACUGAAAGACAAAGGAGACAGUGGAGAGACAGAGAGGAACAAGUGGGAGAAAUCCGCAGGCCUCACCAAGGCAAAGGAACCUAAAGACAAUAGAGCUCAGCCGGAGAGUGAUAAGGAGCAGCGGGAUGGCCACAGCCGCCGGCAAAGAGAUAAAGACCAGAGGGGCCGAGAAGAAGAGCGCAAACGGCAGCGGCAUCACUAUGAGUUUGACAAGUUCAUGCGCCGCAAGGAGGAGACCAAAUGGGGCAAAGGCUAUUGUCACGAUCGGGCAAAGAAAGAUGGCCACCACCAUGGCUACUCCUACUGCCUUGAGAUGGGGGACAAAUCAAGCAAGGAGGACCGGGAUGACAUGGGGAACAGGAAGGAACGUAUUCGUAAUAAGUCUGUAUUAGUGCAUCAGGAGAAAAGGACCUCCCAGUCUGAGGGGCCAGACCAGAUAGGAGGGGCUCUGCCAGCCAAGGACCGACCCGCCAUGCAGCUGUACCAGCCAGGAGCCCGUAACCGUAAGCGCAUGGGCUCUGGGAACAAAGUCUUUGAUUUCAGCCGACUCUCUCCAGAGCCAAGCACCGAACCCUGCUAUGAGCUGACCAUAGGAACAGGCUCUGAGAAAAGUGGAGAUGAGUGACAGAAAAAGCAUGCUUCAGUUCAAGCCAGAAAAUAAACCUCUCUGAUCAUGUUCUCGAUGUGCUCCAUCCCUAUUUCCAUGCACUGUGUCAGCAGUAUGUGUAUUCAACACUCAUAGAUUAUGUUAAUAUUAAUAGAGUCUACUGUAUGUUUGAGUUUCAUGUCAAGAACACUGCCUCAUUGGAUUCACAUUUUUCUACAUUUUCACUACAUAGGCACUUAUCACAUGUUGUUUGUUGACCUCCACUCUACAAUCAAAUGCCUCAUCAUUUACAGAGGACAGAUUUAUAUGCCUUUUGUAGUGAAUCAUAUAGAUUGCAUUCCAUGAAAGAGUUUAUGGAUAGUGUAGUACAUAUAUUGUACAGAUUUUACUGUAAAAAUCAUAAGCAAAUGUUGUGAAAUGCAUAUUUUUAAUAUACAAAAUGAAUGUUUCUGUUGUGCAACUGCAGAAUGAGAAAAACUAAUAAAAUUUAUGUGUGCAUAGGCACAUCACUUCCUUUAUCCUGGAUGUAAAAAGCACUUAGGGGAGAGUGGGGUAAGAUGAGCCACUUUUUACAUUUUUCAUCAUAACUACAUGUUAAAGCCAUUUUUGCUUCCAGUCUACACACCAUACCAAAUUUCAAAGUGUACUGUUACUAUCUGAGCAAAACAUAAUUGAUAAGCUCUUAUGGUUAGAGUGAUAUUACCUCUUGAAAAAAAAAUGUCAAGUGGCUCAACUUACCCCAUGCACGGGGUAAGAUGAGCCACUGUGUGGGGUAAAUUGAGCCAACACAAAACAUGUUAGGUUAACAAAGUAAACAACUUUUAUUAUUAGAAAUGCAAUCAAUGAAUCAAGUCAAGUCAAUCAAGUGGGGGAUAGGGCCGUUGCAUAGAGAAGGGGAGAUGAAGAGAGAGGUGAUAGAAC